AUUCGGGUUCAGCGACGGCUCCGGCCUCGCAGACGGCCAGUCUGCGUCGAGGUCGGUUGGCACCCGGCGGCGGUAGUGGUGGAAGUAUGGGGGCGCCUCUAGCCGCCACGGCCAGCGCACCGUCGGGGAUGAUUGCAUCACCGCACAGUCCGUCACCAGGUGCAGGUGUGCCGACCGGGUCAGCGAGACCGCUGCCUAGCCAGCGAGCCGGGUCGUAUCAGACGAUCUCGGGACCAGUCACAGGAGGAGGGCUAGAGCGAGCGGCGUCGGCUCAGGAGAGACUGCGAGCCAGAUUACAUGGGGGCCGGUCUCCCAGUCCCGGGCAGAAUCCGGGCAGUUCGACUAGUCGGCCGGGUUCGCCAUAUGUUGGAGGGGGAGCGGAUCCUAGCGCACGAAAACCGGUAGGCAUGCCGGGAAGACGAUAAAUGAUCGGGCAGGAAAUUUUUCUUUUUUUUUCCUUUUUUCGUUUU